AUGGUGAAGAAGGAAGCGAUGAUGAUGAUGAUGGUGGAGAGGAUGAAGAGGAGGAUGACGACGACAAUGAUGGGGACGGUGACAAUGACGAAGAUGAGGAGGAGGAAGAAGAGGAAGAGGAGGAUGACGAUGACGUCCCCCAACCACCUACUAAGAAGAGGAAAUGAUCGAUGGCUGCGAGUGGUUGCUUACAUGCAGGAAAGCUGCCUGUUCGCCCCUGCGCAGCAGUCUACUGUUUAG